CUUGGUGAAUGCUUGGUGAUACUGAUAUGUGAUGCUUUCAGCUUCCAUGACGUUACUCGUCGUAAGUUUCAUUCAAUGCUUUUAUUUUUCUUCGUCAUAUCCCCUCCUCUCAGAAAAGAGGGAGAAAGGAAUAUUACGUGUGUGGUCCUUCAGCCGAAGCUUCGACUAUAUCCGGCGUCGCUCGGGCGACUUCGUACCCCAGAGCGGCAACAUAAUCGGUCGAAUCAUGAUGGCGGCUCUACAAACAUGCAGUACAUGUAUCCAGCUAGCGUUUGAUUCAGUGUUGUUCGGGUCGCGCCAGUGUCGACACGGUAUCACGCUAUUAGAUAACCGAAGCUCGCUAACGUUCCGUGUUUCGUACGGUCAGUGACAAACAGAGUGAAGAAUUCCGGUGUACAAGUGUGUGGUUAUGUGGCGGCGAGUGAUAUGACAGCGUGCGCCGCCAGACGGAUUCCGGCCGUCUUCAUGAGGAUACUGGUGACAAGACUGGCCCCGAGAUCAUGGUGGCUCCCGAUUCCGAGGCUCCUUCGAAUCCUCGGAUAGCGGCCGCCCAAGAGAGCCCCUCCGCCGCCGAGGCGCGCCAUAGUGCGGAUCUUUACAUACGCACCAGUUGGGUGGACGCCGCUUUAGCGCUCUCCGAACUCGAAAAGGGUAACAUCGAAGGUGGAAGAACGUCACUGUGGAUCCGGGCGUGGCUCCAGGAACAGCUGUUUAUUUUGGGCUGCUUCCUACAAGGGGACGCAGGCAAAGUUCUCUUUGUGGCCAUCCUCGUCCUUUCCACGUUUUGUGUCGGUCUCAAAUCCGCCCAAAUACAUACGAGAGUCGACCAACUCUGGGUUCAAGAGGGGGGAAGAUUGGAAGCUGAACUGAAGUAUACUGCCCAGGCGUUGGGUGAAGCUGACUCCUCGACACACCAGCUCGUGAUACAGACUGCCAAAGAUCCAGACGUCUCCUUGUUACACGCCGGCGCACUUUUAGAACACUUAAAGGUGGUAAGCGCCGCGACCCGCGUUACAAUUCAUAUGUACGACAUCGAGUGGCGACUCAAAGACCUCUGCUACAGCCCCAGUAUUCCGGACUUCGAGGGCUACCACCACAUCGAGUCGAUCAUCGAUAACGUCAUCCCGUGUGCCAUCAUCACGCCGCUUGACUGCUUCUGGGAGGGAUCCAAGCUGCUUGGUCCCGAAUAUCCUAUAUUUGUACCUCAUCUCAAACAUAAGCUACAAUGGACACAUUUGAACCCGCUAGAAGUAUUGGAAGAAGUGAAGAAGCUAAAGUUCCAGUUCCCGCUGAGCACAAUGGAGGCUUACAUGAAGCGAGCCGGCAUCACUUCCGCCUACAUGAAGAAGCCGUGCCUAGACCCCACCGAUCCCCAUUGUCCAGACACGGCGCCGAACAAAAAAUCCGGACAUGUUCCAGAUGUAGCAGCGGAGCUGUCGCACGGAUGCUACGGUUUCGCGGCCGCGUACAUGCACUGGCCGGAACAGUUAAUCGUGGGAGGAGCGACCAGGAAUUCGACGUCAGCCCUGCGAAGUGCACGCGCUCUGCAGACUGUAGUACAGUUAAUGGGCGAGCGAGAAAUGUACGAAUACUGGGCCGACCAUUACAAAGUACACCAAAUUGGUUGGAAUCAAGAAAAAGCUGCCGCCGUACUGGACGCUUGGCAGAGAAAGUUCGCUGCUGAAGUAAAAAAGUUGACAAGCUCAAGUUCGGUAUCGGCAGCGUAUAGCUUUUAUCCGUUUUCAACCUCAACUCUGAAUGACAUACUUGGAAAAUUUUCGGAAGUGUCACUAAAGAAUAUUAUUUUGGGAUACAUGUUUAUGUUAAUUUAUGUUGCCGUAACAUUGAUCCAAUGGCGAGAUCCAAUUCGUUCACAAGCUGGAGUGGGUAUAGCUGGAGUAUUGCUCCUCUCAAUCACAGUUGCUGCUGGCUUAGGAUUUUGUGCUUUAUUAGGCAUACCAUUCAAUGCGUCGAGUACUCAAAUAGUGCCGUUCCUAGCUCUCGGACUAGGUGUUCAGGAUAUGUUUCUUCUCACUCACACGUACGUGGAACAAGCGGGAGAUGUGCCGAGAGAAGAGAGAACGGGCCUUGUGCUAAAGAAGAGUGGAUUGAGCGUUCUGUUGGCCUCCUUAUGCAAUGUUAUGGCGUUCUUAGCUGCAGCUCUAUUGCCGAUACCGGCAUUUCGGGUAUUCUGUUUACAGGCGGCAAUCCUGCUUCUGUUCAACCUGGGUUCAAUGCUGCUGGUGUUCCCUGCGAUGAUCUCUCUGGACCUGCGCCGCAGAUCGUCCGCGCGGGCCGACCUCCUGUGUUGUUUGAUGCCUGAAACUCCGCUGCCCAAGAAAAAAAAUCCAGAACGAGCAAAAUCGAGGAGUGGGAAAAAUGACAAGAAUACUAGGCUAGACACCACAAGGCAACCAUUAGAUCCGGAUGUGUCGGGCGACCAAGCAAAAACAUGCUGUCUCAGUCUAUCGCUCACCAAGUGGGUCAAGAACCAGUAUGCGCCCUUCAUCAUGCGCCCCGCAGUUAAGGUCACAUCAAUGUUAGCGUUAAUAGCAGUAAUUUUGGCAAGCGUUUGGGGAGCGACGAAAGUCAAAGACGGAUUGGACCUCACGGACAUAGUGCCAGAACAUACUGAUGAACACGAAUUUCUUACGCGGCAAGAAAAAUAUUUCGGUUUCUACAACAUGUACGCUGUAACUCAGGGCGAUUUUGAAUAUCCCACGAAUCAGAAACUGUUGUACGAAUAUCACGACCAGUUUGUUAGAAUACCGAAUAUUAUUAAAAAUGAUAAUGGAGGGCUCACCAAAUUCUGGCUGGGGCUAUUCCGCGACUGGUUACUAGAUUUACAAGAUGCGUUCGAUAAAGAAGUAGCGAGUGGUUGUAUUACUCAAGAAUACUGGUGCAAGAACGCAAGCGAUGAAGGGAUAUUGGCUUAUAAGCUCAUGGUUCAGACUGGUCAUGUGGACAAUCCAAUUGACAAAUCACUCAUCAGUUCCGGUCACAGAUUAGUCGAUAAAGAUGGGAUUAUAAAUCCAAGAGCAUUUUAUAACUAUCUAUCUGCUUGGGCGACGAAUGACGCAUUAGCAUAUGGAGCAUCGCAAGGAAACCUCAAACCGCAGCCACAAAGAUGGAUUCACUCUCCCGAAGAUGUCCAUUUGGAGAUUAAAAAGUCAUCACCGUUAAUCUAUACCCAACUACCCUUCUAUUUAUCGGGACUAAGUGAUACUGAUAGUAUAAAGACUUUAAUAAGAUCUGUUCGAGAGUUGUGUUUGAAAUACGAAGCUAAAGGACUCCCGAACUUUCCUUCUGGAAUACCGUUUCUGUUUUGGGAGCAAUAUUUAUACUUGAGGACUUCGUUGCUGCUGGCUUUGGCGUGUGCUUUGGGUGCUGUUUUUAUUGCCGUAAUGGUGCUACUCUUGAAUGCGUGGGCAGCGGUAUUAGUAACCCUAUCACUAGCCACUUUAGUGCUGCAACUACUGGGAAUAAUGGCAGUUCUGGGCGUCAAACUGUCAGCCAUGCCAGCGGUGCUGCUGGUGCUGGCUGUCGGCCGUGGCGUACAUUUUACUGUUCAUUUAUGUUUGGGUUUCGUAACAUCGAUAGGCUGCAAGCGCCGCCGCGCGUCGCUGGCGCUAGAGUCGGUGCUGGCGCCAGUCGUGCACGGCGCGCUGGCGGCCGCGCUGGCAGCCUCCAUGCUGGCAGCCAGCGAGUUUGGCUUUGUGGCGCGACUGUUUCUAAGACUGCUCCUUGCGCUUGUUGUCCUCGGGCUAGUUGACGGAUUACUGUUCUUCCCCAUUAUACUGUCGAUAUUGGGACCGGCCGCUGAGGUGCAGCCCUUGGAGCAUCCCGAACGUCUGUCAACACCGUCACCGAAAAGUUCUCCCGUGCAUCCUCGGAAAUCAAGUUCAGGUUCAAAUGGAGGCGAUAAGUCCAGUCGCACCAGUAAAUCUGCUCCACGACCUUCCGGACCAUCUCUAACUACCAUAACUGAAGAACCUUCGAGUUGGCACAGCUCGAACCACUCGGUGCAGUCAUCGAUGCAGUCCAUCGUCGUCCAACCAGAGGUCGUAGUCGAAACGACUACGUACAAUGGAAGUGAUUCUACGUCCGGCAGGUCAACGCCCACUUCGAAAUCAUCACACGCUGGAGCUAUUACCACUAAGGUGACCGCAACAGCGAACAUAAAAGUAGAGGUCGUAACGCCAAGUGAUCGGAAAUCUCGGCGCUCCUAUCACUACUACGACCGCCGAAGGGAUCGCGAUGAUGACAGAGAAAGAGAUCGUGAUCGAGAUAGGGAUCGAGACAGAGACCGAGACAGAGAUCGUGAAAGGGACAGGGAAAGAGAUGGAGAAAGAUCGAGAGAGCGUGACCGAAGGGACAGGUAUAGAGACGAGAGAGAUCAUCGCGCCUCGCCGCGAGAAAACGGUCGCGAUUCAGGACAUGAAAGCGAUUCAUCCCGACAUUGAGGAAAGUGAAUAGAUCUUGCCAGGACGAUGACAUUGUUAUAUAUUGCGAAUUAAGUUGCUUUUCUGUUGAAUAAGUGCUUAAGGGUUUUAUUCACUUUCGGACAUGAAUGUGCGAUCCAAAUGUAUCCUCUGUAGUUGGAAAUUAGCACGUCAAUAUGUUUUAAGGUUCGAAGUACCUACCGCUCUACGUUAACACCUUAAGACAGUAUUACUUGAAACGUAAAUUUAAGAUAUCUCGUUUAAUAUUGGUUAUAGUGGAGGCUACAUUCUCGAUGCGUGUUAUUAUGCAUACGACCGAUUUGUGAUCAACGGAUUCAAUGUAUGAAAGAGUCGACUGUUUUCGGGCAAAGCAUGGAAGAUGGACCGACAAAUUGGUCAGUGCGUAGUAUGUAGAGAAGUGCUAGUAUCGGAACUGUUUGUGUUAGUAAGAAACGAUACUGAAAUCAUUCCAUAGUGCUUCUAUUUUGUCAUGCGUCGUAAAGAAAAUCAUAGGAUAUUUAUGUUUAGAUGACUGUCUGUAAUAGUUGGACUCACAUCUCCUUCCGAUGAUGUUUUACGAGGACUAUCAACAUCAGCUCAACUGAGUUGAACAUCACAGUGUAACUAGGAAAUCAGAGAGAUAGGGCCUGCACAGACGAGAGACCAUUGUCCGUGAAUGACAAAAGUCCAUUAUAUUUUGCUACGGUAUUUCGCCGUACUUUUAGUCCAUUAUUUGCGUUAUACGAUCCAAGUCUUAUGUGAUCCAUUUUGUCCUCCUCGGACAAUAGCCCGUCGUCUGCGGUGGCCCUUAUUCUGAAUAUUAAUUGUAUAGACCAACUAUUGUAACAUUAAAAAUAGCUAUCGUUGAUAAAUCUACGUUUAUUUUUCGGGUUCCUAUUUUAACAUUCUUCUAUUUUUGUCCGCAUACAGUUUGUUACAAUUUUCACGUCUAAAGACUGUGGUCGAAUGUUAUUAAUAAUUAAUUUAUCAUAUUAUUUAUUUUGUCUAUAAAUAAUAAUUAUUAUUAAUUUCACCAGAAAAUGAAGUCUGUGAAAACACUCAGAUUUAUUGUACAAAUUAUUUAAAUAGAUUUUAUAUUAGAUAAGGCAUUUAUUUAUGAGAUUACUUAGAUUUUUAUAUACCUAUUUGUAUUGUUGUGAUCUUUGUUUAAAACCACUCCGUUUACUGAAGACUGCAUUAAUCGAUCGAAACUCAAACUCUUAGCGUACGAAAUACUGAAGUAGUAAGAUGUCUCAGGUGUUCAUUUGUGGUCACUUCAGUUACUGUAACUAAUUUUAGCAGCUAAGUACGGCGACUGUAGUAACUAGUUUUGGCGGUGCGAUAGAAACAUCAAGUUAUAGUACAAACGGACAUCUGUGAUGUAGAUAUCCCAGCAUCCGAGCUAAAAAAAUCUGACCUCAGUUAAAUGAAAUUAGUGAUUAGUGUUGUGACAUUUUGUGCAGAGUACUUAUUAGCUCAUAUUAAUUUAUGCUUAUGUAAUUUAAUAUUCUGUAAAUAUAGCGAUAGUUAGCCCUAGAGUAAAACGCGAACCAACGCACAAUUGACAAAAGUAUAUUAUUUACUUUUGUAUUUUUUGUACAAUUUUAAACUGACAUAAUGUCGUAAAACAUAUAGGUAUAAAUCUUAAGCAAAGUUCAAAAGCGCAUUUUUGUUUACAGUCACAGAAAAUGUUUAGUGAAUAUUUUGAUGUUUUUACAGAAAAUAUUGUUGAAACAAAUAAGAUUACUCGAUUGUAAAUGAUUUUAAAUUACGAAUAGUUUCGAAAACGUUGUACACAUUUACCUGUACGUGUAUGAAAAUUAAAUAUUUUUCAUGUA